GAGGCAAAGAUAAAGGCACAGCUCUGGUACAGUGAGAAUGCAGACUUCUUAAAAGAGCAAGAAGGUACUACGUUGGGGAGGUUCUUACUAUGUGCAUGCAUAUGUAUGAGACUAGCAUGUGAUUUGAAAACCUUGUGUUCAGUAAAACGAGAAAAACUUGCUGCCCUGGAAGCCGCCAAAGCCGACAAACCCAAAAAGAAAUACAACAAGAGGAAGACCAGGGUGAGCCAGCCAGCCAGCACCGCCGGAGAGGCCAUUGAGAGAAUGCUCGUCGAGAGGAGAAUAUCGACAAAGAUAAACUACGACGUCUUGAAAGACUUGGACAAGACAAUGAGCAGUCAGGGGGAAUCGAGUCACCAGCCAACUCUGGUUGAAGAGCCCGGUGCUAGUAGACACUCUGUGGCAGGGGUGACC